UUGAAAGGCGUGUUGGGAGUGUGUUCAGUCUAUAGUUAGAGCAUCCAUGUGCGACACGGUCCACUGUGGUCCCGCGGAAAUACUUCUGUAAGCCACCAUUGACCCUGUAAAUGAAAACACAGAUUCAGGGGCUCCCAUUUGGAUUACUGGGGCACACAGAAGAUGGACAGUCGCUGACGCACAAAGUUUUCACACCAGUUGACUAAAACAUGCUCCAGCUCCAGCACGACAUUACCAGCAGCAAGAAACCUGCGUGUGGGAAUUAGGUGUUGUUCCUGCUGCUGUUGGUGUUGUUUGAUGCUGGACAUCCGACACCCAUGUGACAAAGUCUAUACUGUUAUCAUACUGUCAGUAUUAGGAGUGCCAAGUACAAGCGAUCUGGAGAGACUGACAGAUUAUGGUGUGAGAGAUCCGAUUCAUAUCAGUCCGUGCUGCAUUGAGGGAGAAACUAAAUAUGGAUAACUCAUGGGGGAAUUCAAUAGGAAUAAUGUGUGAAUUCUCAUGGAUGUAUUGCUUGUGCUAGAUGGGAUGACAUAGCCUCCAGAUGACAGUAUGUCUGAUGAGGGACAUAAUACAAACAUCAAGUCGGAGGCGGAGAGCUCCGAGUCCGGGGACGCCCUCAAAGAUGGUGAAAAUUCACAGAAAAUUCGCCGAGGUACCGGGGUGAGUCGUCCCCCAAGCAGUCACAUCACUCGCGUUGAUGAGGAGCCGACCACCUCCGACUCUAGCAGGGCCAAGUCGCAAUCGGUCGAGACUGUCGACCGUGGAGUAGGCCCCACACCCUUGCCUCCCCCCAAUGUAGAACCCCGGAUACCAUCCUACAUUGGAGCACUACCACCCUAUGUGGAUCCCCGGAAUGGACUAGUUGAUUCACCCUACGGAUACCCCUACAGUCACGUGCCAUACCCUAUAAAUGCACCCCUCCCCAUCAACGUGUCCACAUUGGAAGGAAGAUACCACUGGCCACCCGCAAGUCCAUAUCAUCAGCCUCUACCAGGGUUACAAGCGACCAGUCCUGCCCAAUCAGAUAUUUCAUUGCUUAGUAUGCGAAGUCACCUUAUGAACGGGGAAACAGUCACUCACCUGGCGUCUCGUAUACACUGGGAGCAGCUUCAACGCAACUUUUACCAGAGUCCUUUCUCAGGACGAAGAUUCAGCCCAGCUAGUCUACCUGGUCUACCUCUACCCGGCUCAGGGUCCUUCAGUGAAUACCCACCACCAUCGUUCAGCCAGCGGAGUUUUUUCUCAGAGAUCCCCCCAACCCCAGGAAGUGGGAGCAUCACACUUCCAGGAUCUCUAGAGAGUUCUCGUCUAACGAGUCCACGGCCUAGCAUCGGUGGGGCAAGGAAUCGGAAAAGAGCUUUAUCGCAAUCCCCGAUCUCUGACUAUCUAGACAUUCAGAGUUUAACUCGAAGUUCUGAAGGAUCCCUCCAACUGACUCCCUUCCUGCAUCACAAUUCACGGAGUUCCAGUGCUGCAAGUGGCUCCUAUGGCCAUCUCUCUGCAGCCUCCUUAGGGGCUGCUAGCCCUGCCCACCAAACGAUACCACAGAAUCCAUAUCUCCGCCAUGGGAGUCUACCUGGCUCCCCCUUCUUCUACCCCUCAGUGAUGCCUCCCAUGGUGGGGCGGGUCCCCCCUCAUGGACACACCAUCCUUCCCCCAUCAUCACAGUCACUCAUACCACCAUCCAAGUUUGACCCCCAGUCUCAGAUCUCGACGACAGCAGCUCGCGAUGCCGGCAGCAGCGUUGUCAGCAGCACCAUGGAUCCGUCCUCCGAGGCACGCAAGUCCAAGAUCAAGAAGGAGGUGGAGUACCAUGAAGAUAUUUGUGAUGAAGAAGACGACCGUCGAGAAGGCCUUCACAAAGAUGGACAUAUACCUCAAGAAGGAGAACCAGAUUUUAUUGAGACACACUGCCACUGGGUAGAUUGUUCUCGGGAAUUUGAAACUCAGGAUGAACUUGUUAAGCAUAUCAAUCAGGAUCACAUCCAGGCCAACAAGAAGUCGUUUGUGUGCAGAUGGAAGGAGUGUUCCAGGGAGGAGAAGCCCUUCAAGGCCCAGUACAUGUUGGUUGUGCAUAUGCGACGACACACAGGAGAGAAACCACACAAGUGUACGUUUGAAGGUUGUUCGAAGGCAUAUUCACGACUUGAAAACCUUAAAACACAUCUUCGGUCUCAUACGGGUGAGAAGCCCUACAUGUGCGAGUUCCCAGGGUGCACCAAGGCUUUCAGUAACGCAUCCGACAGGGCCAAGCAUCAAAACCGAACCCACUCCAAUGCUAAACCGUAUGUAUGUAAGGCAGCAGGCUGUACCAAACGCUACACUGACCCCAGCUCCUUGAGGAAGCACGUGAAGACCGUCCACGGCCCAGAGUUCUAUGCAAACAAGAAACAUAAAGGAAAUGAUCAGAUCACCGGUUGCAACCCCAAGAAAGAAGAACCCGAUGACGACAAGAAAGAUGACGACCAGUGUAAGAAGAUGGAGGAGUGUCUCAUGGUAACUUCAUUACAGACGUCAGCUCCAGGAGAACGAAGAAAGUCACAGGAUAAUGUGGGAUCAUCCGUGUCUCAAAACAACCCAUCACCCCAGAGCAGUCCUGAAGUCAACGUGACCAACAACAUCCAGCCCGACACUAUCGAGGAGCAUCUGAGUGGAGGAACGCACAUCACCUCAUCUGGAGGGAACCCUGGGAGCAUCUCACUGGAGGAGGAGGAGGUCGACAUCCCGGAACCCGACGAGGCUGAGGUACCUGGUGGGUCCGAGUCACUGCUGGUACGUCGCAACCAGAUCAAUUCUGGCCAGGUGAUGCAGAACCGAAUGAAAGGCCGAAUCAACAACAAAAGCAACUCUCUGUCAGUCUACUCCCAGCUGCCUCCAAUAAGUCCCAAUGGUCGGCGCUGCAACAACAGUUCAAACGACUUAAAUGUCAAGAUGACUCAGAUUAAAACAAGUCCACCUCAUAAACGUAUUGCUGAUCUCGCAGGUCGCACAGAGCUGCAGACGCAGAUGAUCUAUGGUGGUGGUCGCCGUGACAGCAACACCAGCACCCUCAGUUCCUACAUGAGCAGCAUGAGGUCGGACACCAGCCCCUACCCCUUCGGUAGUCAGUUCUCCAGUCGGAGGUCCAGUGAAACGUCGCAGCUCUCAUCCAACCGGUUCAGCAUCGCCAACUCUCCGUACGAGUACGACAUCUCAGGAAAUCUGCCCCAUCAUGCCUCCAGGAGGUCGAGUGAGAGUAGUAAUAUUGGUAAUGUUGCCAACAUGAUGCAGAAAGCCCAUCUAGGGAGCCAUCCCAACUUAGUUGUGCAGUCACAACAGAUGCCCAUCCGAAGUCCUGCCAACAAGUACUGCAAUGAGAAUAUUGCAAGGUUCUUCGCCGCACGGCGGGAGAUGGAAGGUGCACGGACCAGCACGCCAUGUCGCACGCCACUGCCUCACGAAAUUCCCAACAGGGAGAUCAGGAGAGCCAGUGACCCUGUGCGGACUGUCGAUCACAAUUUCCGUGACCUGAAGCGGCUUCAGCGCUACCACAGUUUGAAUGUUAUGAAGGUUCUUCCAGUUCCGCCCAGUAUGAAAAGUCUGCAAGGAAAGUGUGGGUCAAACAACACGUUCCACUCUUCCAGAAGCAGCAUCGCUACUGACUACAGUGUCGCUGAGGAUGCAGAGUAUGGGUCUCCCGGAAACAACAUGGAGACGUACAAUGAGCAGUCACUGGAAGAGAAGAUGCUGGAGGAUAAUGAGGAUAUGAUAAUCCCCGACGACAUGCAACGGUUCCUGAACGAACGCUAUGCAGGGUAUGACCCUCAUCCGCCAGACAUGGAGCAACGGAUGCAAGGGAACUUUCCGUCUCAAAACCACAGUCCCAAUAACCAAUACUCAAAUCAGCAACCCUCGGUGCCACAUCCCUAUAGCAACAAUAUGCAAAUGCAGUCUGGUUUCUAUGACAAUCAGGGUAUGAACUCUAACAUGAUGUGUGGGAAUAAUGGUCAGCAGUUCAACAAUGGUGGCCAGUGUGGCCCUGGCAUGAUGCCAAACAUGCAGCAGGGGUGGAACCAGGGUCAGAACUUCAAUAACGAGAUGCAGAAUAUGCAAAUGAGAAAUAUGCAAAUGCAACAUUCUCCUGGAAGUCAGUUAUCGCCUCAGGCGAUGCAGAUGCAAGGCAUGAGCCAGCAGAACAUGCAACAGGGAAAUAUGCCACAAGGGGGGAUGACCACAAUUCCUGAAAAUGUUCCGCAGCAAGGAAGAAUGGGUAAUAAUGGUCAAGGAAACAAUAUGAACCAAUGGCCUGUUAUGAUGAACCAAGGUCAAGGUCAGAAUCAAGGUCAAGGCAGCAUGCUGCCACCUCAGUCUCCACAGAUGUUUGCACCCACACCUCCGAACAUGCCCAAAAUGCAGAUGCAGAAUGGGAUUCAGAUGCAGAUGAACAUGCGCCAGAAGCCGGAACGAGCCAGACCGCAGGUGCAGGUUCCUCUUAUUAGCCAAUCACAGAUACCACCAAAUGCCAAGACAGCUUCACGGCUGCUGAGACAGCAACAGCUGAUGCAGCAGCAGCAGCAGCAGAACGGCGCUGGCAUUUUCAACAAUCUGCAGAUGCAGAUGCAGCAGGGACCGAUGCAGCAGAUGCAGAACAUGCAAGGGAUGCAGCAGAGCUUCCACCAACAGAAGAUGUACCCUGGGGACAACAUGGGCAACGGCAUGAACACCAACAUGAACGGCAACAUGACACCCAACGUAGUGAACAGCAUGCCACCCCCACCUGCUCCCCAACCACUACCACCAACACAGCAACCAUUUCCCCAACAACCUGUACCACCCAUGUUUCCCCAUCCCCCCAGCAGUAACACCCCCUCGGGUACCCCCCAGAACAACCGGCCCAGCUGCCAGAUCCAACAGCCACACGGCCCCUUCCCCAACCAGCUUGAAAUGUCGCCAGGGUGCAACCAGGUGACGAGCAGCACCGACCCCGCCGAGACCACGGCGCCACCGAUUGAAGAUUUCAUGGACAACUUAACAUCAAUAUCAACUGAAAAUCUCAUAGACAAUAUAAGCUCAAUAUCACAAGAAAAUAUAUUCAGUCCAACAGCAGCCUCGAACCGGUCAGCGUCUCAGAAUUCCUCUCGGUUGAAUCCAGUGCUCAAUAUGAAUAACAUGGCGGUAAAUGAUAUGAGCUCUGUCUUGACCACACUAGCAGAGGAGAACAAGUAUUUGAAUAUGAAGUAACAGAGACUAGAGUGAUGUAGACUUGGAUGUUGGUGCACAUAUGGAACAUUGUGAAAUGUUAUAUGUUUUUCCUUUUUAUCUUGCAUUUAUUGUGGCAUUAUGGGUGCUAGUGCUUAUGGUGCAGCAAGGAGUCGGCCUAGAAGGCAUCUUGCUGGACACAUUGCAACAUUGUUGUGAGUGUGACUUUCAGUGACUUGUGUAUGAGACAGCUUGUUCAACAUGCAGUGGUGGAAUACAGUGUUAAUGUAGAAUCAUAUAUCAUUGUCAGUGGACAUAUUAUGGGUGACAUGAAUCGUGUACAUUUCCCUCAGGUAAGGUUUUGGAUGAUUCACGAUCAGGUGACUAAGAUCUUUGGCAAUUGAUGCUGUAGCGUUUAAAUUAAACAAUAAUUUCGAGUUAUCAACCUUUUUUUCUGUGUGGGGUAUAAUAGCAUGGGGCUGUACGUCAACCCUUAUACUGACUUAUAAUGACUUCCAAGACCUGAAUGACAUGCUCUGGAGAAAAGAUUACCCCCAUAUCUUUUAAUACUGAUCUGAAUACAUACAGCAAAUAAUGCAAAAUAAAUAUGAGAUUAAUUGGUAUUUGUUGAAUGAUAAUGUUGGUUGUCUCAGUUAAAUUCCAACAAUACUUUUGAAGUAUUCUUUAAUACCAUAACAGUUUUGGUGAUAUUGUUAUAUCUGUAGAUAUACACAGGCAGGGUUUUAAUGCAAUCGUUACUCAUCUUUGGUGGGUCAUCAUCUCUCCAGACCCCAUACAGCAUAAUAGGUAUGAUAUUUGUCCAUUUUAACAUGAAUAUAUUCUAAAUAUAUUCGUUCAGACUGCAUGCCAAAAGAUUGGUUUUGAUCUUAAUGGCAAGUGCUUGUGGUAGAAGUUAAACAUCAUUGUGAUAAGGAAUUAUUCAUAUCCAUGUAUACUUUCUUUAUUUUUCUCAUUUCAAAGCAUAAUAAGCAAGGUUUUAGUUGUUCUGUUUUUGUAUGCAUUGUUUGAAAUAUUUAGAGGUAAACACUUUGAGACCUACAUCUCUAAAUUAGGAGACAUUUCAUUACAGUUUUCUGUAAUAUCUCUGUUUUGUUUUGAUAUGAUUUCAUGUCAGAAAGUACAGUUGAUUGUUUUUAUAACUAUCAUUGUUUUUAGAGGAAAGAGUGGCAUGAUCAACGUUCCAUAUCGUCCUGAAGUGCUGAUCUCCGUAAUAUUUGCAUAAUUAGUUAAGAGGAGAAUUUUACUUUACUGCAGAGAUCAGUAUGAGCUUGAAGUGCUUAGCAAUGCAUUCCGUUAACUGAAAUUAACCAUCAACCAUCACGGAACAUUUAAGAAGUUUCUCUAGAACGUUAUCACAGAAAACACCUCAUAAUAAUUCUAAGGUGAACAAAUACAUGUUACCACUGUGAAAAGAACAUUGUUUUGAGGUAAAAUCAAGUGCUUAUGAAUAGUUUUCUGAAUGUUGUUUUGUUUUAGAGUAUGCUUGUUUGUACAGAUUUGUCCAUAUCAUGUUUAAGAAUGUAUACAUCUUUUUUAAGAAAAAGUAUUUGCAAAUUUUAUUAUGAAGAUUUUGAUAUUUUAUAGCAUCAUUGUGGUACUGAAACAAAGUUUUUGUGAAGAAUUGAGGUAUUGUUCUCUCAAAAUGAAGUGACAGAUUUGACCCACAAGGCUGCUGAAUGUUUGCCAUAUAGUUGUGCUGAUCUUCAGAUUAGCAAAAUAGAAGUUUAAGGAAUGAAAUAUUAUUGACAUCAGGCAUUUUUUAUGAAUUUCACUAUUAUUUGAGUGAAAUAUUUUCCUCACUAAAGAAAAAGAAAUAAAAUUUUAAGUAGUACUGUCCAAAAUAAUGUUUUGUGACUGGCAGGUUGCCUAAUAGUCCAAGGGAGGCAAUUCUGUUUCUGUUAGUGAAUUACCUCCCUUUGGUCUUUUAACGUUAGAUCAACAAUUUUCAUAUGAAACAGCUGUUACAUAAUUAGUAACAUGUUUCACUUAUCUUGUGUUUUUCAUGAGAAAUCCAUUAAUUUGAAGUCUGUCUCAGUUUGAAAAUUCAGCCAAGAAGUAUGAGGUUGUAAACAGUGAAACAUUUCACAACUUGGUAGUGUCGGAAAUAAGGAAGACAUUUCAGUAUUUGUUUUAUAUAGGAUUAAAUAAAGGCGUCAUAUGUAUUCAAAAUCAUUUUUCAUUCUAGAAUGUAAGAUCCUGUGGUUCUCAUCUAGGCAAACUGGAUGCAAUUAUUUGGCACCUUUCCGACACUACUUUCACAUAUUGUCAAAUGUUUUACAUACACGUGAAUAAAGGUAUAUAUGUAUUUUUGUCACAAAGGCAACUUGCUCUGCACAUAGAUGCCUGCAGUUUGUGAGACAAACAAAAACAUGGCUAGAUCAGCCCCUUCUGCUGCGAGAUUAACAUUUUCCCACAGUACCUAACAGUAAAGUAAAGAGGGAUUGCCCAAAAAUAUAAAAAAAGUGGAAAAGAAGUAAUUCAGGAACUAAGCAAUAAAAAUAUGUCUUUGUUUUAUCAAACAGAUGCCUAAGAAUGAUUUUUGUAUAUAUGUCAAAAUGAUCAGUGUACUUAAAAGAUGGCACAGUUCCCAUGCUGCUCAGAAUAUGUAAAGGAAAUACCUAAUUUUUCUCUUUAUCUUUCACAUACUUGUUAUGAAUUAGCUGAAAUAUGAUCAGCCAUGGAGACCAUCAGCGCAGCUGUCUGUACUCAACAAUAACACUUGUUAUAUGGAUGUACAUUGCUGCAAUGACAGUGAUUGGCAAUUUGGGUAUCUGAUAUAUUCGUCUUCACUGACUCUCCAUAGAAGUACUGAUUUGGUCCAUUGUACUAGGGAAGUAAUAUGUUAUAUUAUAAUGAUUAGGUACAAUUUAUGAAGAAAACCCAUUAUAACAAUAAUUUCUUCUGCUGAAAAGAUAUUUGUCUCAAAGUGAUGAUCUUAUUAAUUUUACUCACUGUACAAUGUUGAUUAUUCUGACCGCAAUUGAGUUACCUUUGAAUUUCAUCACAUAUCCUUGUGCUCUGAAAUCUGUAAAUAUUCUAUCCGGUGUUUUGGUAAGAGGGGAUGAUCUGCUAGCUAUAACUGCAUGUUUGGUUGCCAUAAUCAUAGAGGACUGACUGGAAAAUGAUGCAUUUGAGUUGUCUCCCUUAACUGACAGAAUCAGAUCAUUAAAAGGCUGAACUCAGGAAUUUGGGUAAAGUGAAUGUACAGAUCUCAAUUGCUAUAAAUGUGUUCAAUGCAAAUAAGUGCUAUUAAUAUAAAACAGUGGAUGAAUAUGUCCUGUUUUAGACCUUGCUUAACCCACAGCAUAAUUGAGAUUGUGUUGAAUACUUCUGUAUCAACAGAAAGCGUAUAGAUUCAAACCAAACUAUCCUUGAAGGGAGAUAACUCCGCUUACGUUACAUACUCAUGAAUGUCCAUAUAGAGUGGACACAUUGCCCUCAUCACAUUGUUGUUGAACAACUAUGCAUAAUAUAAUAGAAGCAUACUACAUAUAUCAUUGAUGUCGGACAUAGAAGAGAGAGUAUGUGUAGCACGGUAGUGACGUCAUGCCAUGUUGGAAAUAUAUUUCAUACUCUGUGCAUUGUACAUUUUGUAUGAUACACCUAUUUUUCUAACCCCUAGAAUCAAGCCACAUCUGGUGCCUGUAACUCAUGUCAUUUUUUGUAGACAGUGAUAGGAUGUAAAUAAAAAAGUGCUUGUUAAACAAGA